AUGAUAGCAGCUAGUAAGUCCGAGAGAAGAUGGAGCAGUGACCCUCUAAGAGGUAAGUCGUCAGCUUAUAAAAUCUGUUAGGAUUUCAUUAGCAGAGACCGAGAAACAGCAAACCAAACCACUUAACUGGUGUUUCGACGACCAAUGAUGAGAGCAAACAAGCCUAACUUAAUUCUCCCCCAAGUGCAUUCAUUCGCAUUUGCUUGUCAUUUUCUUCUGGAUGCUGGUGAAGUAACCUUUGAUUAUGUGGUGUUUACAGACUAAACUCAAAUUUAGGAUGAAAAGAUACUUUUUUCGAGUUUACCUGUGAUGUCAAGGUUUAUAAAUUUUGCGCCGUCACGAUAAGUGGCAGGAAUGAGUUAUGCAAUGCCUUCUCGUACUAUACCCUGAAUAUCCCACCAUUGACUUGAUUUUUCUUUAUAUACAUGGUUACUCACACCUUAACGUUAACAUAUUAAGACAAAUCAAUUUAAGUCACUCGUCAAAUAUUUUAUUUUGAAACACUCGGAAGCUGAAUAAAAAAUACAGUCGAACCUCUCUGCAACGGCCACCUCCUUCUGUCCCUAAGGUGGCCGCUGCAGAGCGGUUCGACCGUCAUUAUAGACCUCAAAAAAACGAUUUUACUUAUAAUGUUCAAACAAAACUCAAGUGAAACUGGGCUGGGUUUUGUUAAUAAUAAGCCAACAAAUGAAAUGUUAUUCUGCCUCAGAAUCUGCUACAGCAGCUAGAUAAUGGAUUGAAAAUCAUGAUUAACUAAUCUGUUUGAUGUUGUUUCUUGAAUCCUUCAAUUGCAGUACAUCAUUUCGAGCGAGAUUGUUCAUGUGCUGAAAGUUGUUGCCAUUGUGACUAGCGUACACUUUAACCCUUCAAGACUGCUUUGGUCGUUUACGUUCCAUAUGGAACGAUGCAUAUUUUCCUUCCUGGACCCACUUAGCGUUCAGUUGAAGUUAAUAAAUCGGUAAACAAUAACAUCAGCAAAGAUAAAUCUUUCCAGUGGUGCCUUGUUUUGAAUAUUCUGACCAAUCCUAACAGAGUUACACUCACGAAAAAUGAUAACAUUUUGUUUACCUACUACUCUUUGAAGAUUAAAUCUGUCCCUUUCCUAAAAAGUUGACCAGCCACAAUUCCAUGCAAAAAAAGACGAUAAAGUGGACAACAAUACUGCUAAAGAAGAAAGGCAAAGGAAAAUUAAAAAAGGAGAGCGAGAGAGAAAGAUUGAAUUAGAUCGCCAAAAAAAAAACAGUUGGCUUCUGCGCAUGCGUGAAAAACAAAAAAGCCGUUUAAUUACCUCCAGUUAGUUGGAAAAUAUGCCUUUUUUUGUUGCAAAAUUUAUUUGUAGCCCUAUUGUUUUGCUAAUUAGCCGAAAACCAGUCCAAUGAAGAGGAAUUGCAGAAAAAUGCGGUUUUUUUCGGUAAUCGCCGGCCGUCACCAAAGGGUUAGCUUAUCAAAGAUUUUAGAGGUCAGUCACUUUAUGAGUGCUAAGGUGUCCCCUGAAUGGAGCUUAAAUCCGGGUUUCGGGACCCAAGAAAAGUGUCCCUUUCCCCCGAAUAGACGUUUCCCUUCAGUAGAGGUACAAAGAUUGUGUGAACAUUUUUCCGAGACCAAAUUUUGUGAUACCUGAAUGGCUGUGUCCCUUAAACAAAGGUGUCUCAAAGGAGAGGGUCCACUGUACAUUCAAACAGAUCUUUAGUUUUGUUUCUAGACAUCAGUACAUUUUUAAACCUCACUCGUGGAUCAUAGUUUCUGAAUUUCAAUCCUAAGUGUUGUCAAAAACGCAUUUGUUUUUUGUUCCUUUCUCUAACGGACACCCUAAUUCGUUUGAGGGAAAGAUCACGCUUAACAGAGAUGGUAAUAUUUGAUAUUUGUCUCCUAGUAAGUAAAAGAAGACUUGGCUCCAAACUUCACUUCCGCCCCAAGACGACUUAUAUAGGUAAUUAAUCGUAUGGUAUAAAGUGCAGUAUUGUCGUUUUUACAGAACAAGGCGGUCAAAUUCCACCCACUUCUUUACUGGGAUUGUAAUUAGAUAAUCUUUUCUUUUAUUUCUAGACAGCACAAGUUUCGAUUUUCAAGCUCUUGAUGCAGGUAUUUCAUUGUAUUGCCACUUGGCCAUUUUUCCUCCCAAGUACUCCAAGUUCAAAUACUUCUAAAUCAAGCCUUUCCACAUCUCACUUCAGUGUGUAUGCAUAAUGAAAAUGAAAUGAAGUCAAAACUUAGGUGCACAAUUUCAAGCAAAUCAUUGUCUCUCUUGGUUAAUCCCAGUCUCGAGUCGGUGCCUUUGUUCAAGUAAAAGGGAGAAAGGCCCAUUCCCAUAAUAACAAUUCAUUUUACAUGAUUAUUAGUCAACAACACAAGUUCAUUAAUUUUCCUUUCUAUGCAAUUUUAAUGCAUAUUUGAUAUGUUAAUUGAUGAAUUUAUUAGAUAGUUCAAACAACCAUGUUCAGGCCAAAGCACUUAAAUGCAUUUGCUCAGAAGCUAAAAACAUGAUUGCGCGUCUUUUUGCUAGAGCCAGCCGCUUGAAAAUGUUCCCUGCACGGGCUGCUGCGAAUCUUCCUAACGACAAUUCUAUCCCCUCUCUUCUGCAAUGUCUCUUAUUUCUGAUUAUCUCUCUUAUCACGGCAACCACAUUGCACCAAAUCAGUUUGUCAAGAAAUUUCCUACCAACUUCUCUAUUUAUUUUCAAUCAAGAAGAUUCCAAACGAAAAACCCAUCCAUUGUCAAAGAAACGCUUUCGAGAAAAGAGUUGUAUUCCAUUGUCUUUAUUGAGAGCACUCGCCUCCCACCAAUGUGGCCCGGGUUCAAAUCCUGGCGUCAACGCCAUAUGUGGGUUGAGUUUGUUGUUGGUUCUCUCCGUUGUUCCGAGAGGUUUUUCUCCGGGUACUCCGGUUUCCCCUCUCCUCAAAAACCAACAUUUUCAAAUUCCAAUUCGACCAGGAAUCAGGUAGACGAAGAACCACUAUGUGGAUGUGAUACCUGCAAAUCGUUAUUUAUUUAUUAUUUAUUCAUUUAUUGUUCCAAACCAGUUAAACCAACUAAAAGUAGCAAAUCAUCUUGUCUAACUGAGAUUCCACCGCACGUUAUUGAAAAGAUGAAGACAAAAGCCUAUCACUUCAUCGGCGUUGAUGCACUCCUCAGCAAGUAA